GCCGACGGCGGGGGCGGGGGGACGCGCGGGGCACGUCAGAGCGGCGUAGACAAAGGCGGCGCGCGCACGUCUGACGCACGGCUCGGCGCGGCGGCGGGCCAGGGGGGAGGGGCCGGCACCGGAGGGCCGGGGAGCCGCGCAGCCUCGCGGUCGCUUUGGCAGCAUGUAAGCAACUUCUUGCCAAGAACCCAGGUCACUGCUGAGAAAAGGGGGCCUUAGGGAGAAGAAUAUCCAGAGGAAGCCAAUGCCAGGAGCGUCUGGAAUUACACUCACCACAGGCAGCAUGAGACAUUCUGUGCCAGCAUCUGUGUCCUGCUGGCAAAGACUGCAGCUGUCCAGGUAGGAGGGUCCUGGAAGCAGCGUGCACCAGGAGCCCUGGAGGAAGAAUGGGGCCAGAUAUGAACUCUCUACAAUGAACCAAUUUUCAGCUUGCGAAGGAAUUUUAAGUAAAACAGUUAUUUAAUUUCUACAUAUUCACGUUCAGUAGCCUUCUGUGUGAAGUGCCAGCAGUCACCCCCCUCCACUGGAGUUACCAGGAUAUUUCUGGCACCACGUUGAACUCUUCUCGGUACUUCUGGCAAUGACAGAGCUUCAGGACAGAUUUAUCUGCUAAAUGCGCUCGGGCAGGAGAAACAGUAAAACUCUGGAGCAGCCUAAGGGCAGCAGAGCAGAGAUCCCGCCCUUGCUGCUCACUGUCACAGAAAGUCAGCCUGGACUCGAACGCUCACCCUGAAGAUUGACCCUGCCUCCUUCACCUCCCGAGCCCGUCUGUUCCGGGAGAUCCGGUGUUUGUGGGCUGCCUCCUGUGGCCCUUUUUACUUCACUCCCCUCCCAUGCUCUCUAUGAUGUGGACUUUGGAAUGGAGUUUGUUCUCCGUUGGGAGCUGACUCUGUUUCCCCAGCUGGUGCUGUCUGAGAGGACCAUCUGAAGGCUGUGCUUUGUUCUUGGGAGGAGGUCAUGGCCUUGCCUGGGCCCUCCACCAUGUUCCUGUUGCUGCCUUUUGAUAGCCUGAUUGUCAACCUCCUGGGCAUCUCCCUGACUGUCCUCUUCACCCUGCUUCUUGUUUUCAUCAUAGUCCCCGCUAUUUUUGGAGUCUCCUUUGGUAUUCGAAAGCUCUACAUGAAAACUUUGUUAAAAAUUUUUGCGUGGGCGACCUUGAGAAUGGAGAGAGGCGCCAAAGAGAGGAACCACCAACUCUACAAGCCCUACACCAAUGGAAUUAUUGCAAAAGAUCCCACUUCACUAGAAGAAGAGAUCAAAGAAAUUCGUCGAAGUGGUAGCAGUAAGGCUCUGGAUAAUACUCCAGAGUUUGAGCUCUCUGACAUUUUCUACUUUUGCCGGAAAGGGAUGGAGACCAUUAUGGAUGAUGAGGUGACAAAGAGAUUCUCCGCGGAGGAGUUGGAGUCCUGGAACCUGCUGAGCAGAACCAAUUACAACUUCCAGUACAUCAGCCUCCGGCUCACUAUCCUGUGGGGCUUAGGAGUGCUGAUUCGGUAUUGCUUCCUCCUGCCUCUGAGGAUCGCUCUCGCUUUCACAGGGAUUAGCCUUCUGGUGGUGGGCACAACUGUGGUGGGAUACUUGCCAAAUGGGAGGUUUAAGGAGUUCCUGAGUAAACACGUUCACUUAAUGUGUUACCGGAUCUGCGUGCGAGCCCUGACAGCCAUCAUCACCUACCACGACAGGAAAAACAGGCCUAGAAACGGUGGCAUCUGUGUGGCCAAUCAUACCUCUCCUAUUGACGUCAUCAUUUUAGCCAGUGAUGGCUAUUAUGCCAUGGUGGGUCAAGUGCACGGGGGACUCAUGGGUGUGAUUCAGAGAGCCAUGGUGAAGGCCUGCCCUCACGUCUGGUUUGAGCGGUCUGAGGUGAAAGAUCGCCACCUGGUGGCUAAAAGACUGACUGAGCACGUGCAGGAUAAAAGCAAGCUACCUAUCCUCAUCUUCCCAGAGGGAACCUGCAUCAAUAAUACAUCCGUGAUGAUGUUCAAAAAGGGAAGUUUUGAAAUUGGAGCCACGGUUUACCCUGUUGCUAUCAAGUAUGACCCUCAGUUCGGUGAUGCCUUCUGGAACAGCAGCAAGUAUGGGAUGGUGACGUACCUGCUGAGAAUGAUGACCAGCUGGGCCAUCGUCUGCAGCGUUUGGUACCUGCCUCCCAUGACCAGAGAGGCAGAUGAAGAUGCUGUCCAGUUUGCAAAUAGGGUGAAAUCCGCCAUUGCCAGGCAGGGAGGACUCGUGGACCUGCUGUGGGAUGGUGGUCUGAAGAGGGAGAAGGUGAAGGAUGCUUUCAAAGAGGAGCAGCAGAAGCUGUACAGCAAGAUGAUUGUUGGGAACCACGAGGACAGGAGCCGGUCUUGAGCCCACACCUCGCACUGGCCGGAGCCGCUGUGCCCGAAUCCUGGCACUCCUGAUGGGAGCCAGCUGGAGUCUUUGCCGCCGCCCCCACUGCUGCAUUCCUUCCAGACUCAGGUCUUCGGGCUGCUCUGGAUCCUGGCGCCAGCUUCUUCAGAGCCGCAGGGCCCGGGCUUGCCCUCUGAAGCGAGUGCUACUGGGUGUUGCCGCCCAGGACGAGAGGCCUUCUUGUUUCUUUUACACUAAGUCCAUUGGAGGAAUGAAUGCCAUUAAAGUCAGCCCUCCACCUGUGCGCACGCGGGGCUGAGUGAUGGGGAGGAUUCGGCCACAUUCCCGUGCUGGGCCCAUGGGACACCCACAUGCCAGGGACGUGGCCGGGGGAAGGGCCACCCACUCGGGAGGAGAGGCACUGCGAGGCAGGGUGGCCGGCCAGCCCCGCAUCGCCCAGCCCUGGGCUUGGCGGACUGGAUAAAGGAAACUGUUGUCUGCCGGGGCUUUCGGCAGAAUGAAGUGUUAAAUUCCCAUGCAGUCACCCAAGGGCGUGGGAAGAGGCAGGACGGACCCGUGACUAGUGUGUGGUGGGAACCAGGAGUCAUUUCACGUUCAAACUCCAGUGCCCCCCAAACUCCCAUGUGACUUGCUCUUUGUUAACACGUGCCUCAGUUUUCCCAUCUGUAACCUGGAUCGGGAGGGGAGGGGUGGUGAUACCUACCUCACAGGGUUGUUGUGGGGACUGAAGUGCUACUGUGCGUGAAGGAUAAUGGAGCUCAGUGUUCCAAGUCCAGGACCCUGAGAUGUGGCAGGACAAGGGCAGAGCUUGGCGCUGCUGCCCUGGCUUCGGCGUUGUUCUGUGAGUAAAUAAAAUGGUCUUUGACGGUGAAUGAA